ACUUGCAGGGCGGCCAGCAGUCAGGACGCAGGACUUCGAACGUCCAACGCUCACAUUUACAUUUAUUUUUCUUUUUUUGUCUUUUUUCUUACUAUUUUUUUUUUCAAUACCACCAUGGAAUUCCCCAAAGAAACGCCUUACUUGCGAAGGGUACGGAUUUUCAAGCAGACCCUGAUGUUCUUGGCCUCCAGCUGGGGCUACCUGUCGGGCGGCAUGUCGCUCACCUGGCCCAACGUCUUGGCCUCCGACAUCCUUGUGGACAACAGCACCUUGUUUGGCACUCAGCUCAGCCUGUCCGACUCGCAGCUGGAUAUGGUGGGCAGCAUGAUGUUCGUGGGGUCGCUGCCGGGCUACGUGGCGGCCGGCUGGCUCGUGCGCGCCAUCGGGCGGCGGCGCUCCAUGAUGCUGGCGGCUGUUCCGGGGCUGGCGGGCUCGCUCUCGAUCGCCCUCGCCCUCAACACGGAGAUGAUCCUCGUCGGCAGAUUUCUCGAAGGCACAUCCUACGGCAUGAUGGGCGUCGCCGUGCGGCCGUACAUCGUUGAAGUCGCCGACACGGACAUCCGUGGGUCGGCCGUCGUCGUCGCCAACAUCCUGCUCCAGAUCGGCAGCAUCAGCGCGGUCAGCCUCGGGAUCCCGUUCAAGUGGUACCAAGUGUCCUUCUUCAGCUGUGCCGUCCACGCCAUGUACGGACUACUGUUGGUCCCUCUCCUGCCCGAGAGCCCGACCUUCCUCGCCGUCACCAACAAGGACGAGAAGGCCAAGGGCGUCCUUCACCGGCUCAGAGGCACCAGCGUCGACGUGGAGGGCGUCCUGAGCGAUCUCAAGAAGCAGAACGAAUCCGUCGGCAACGCGGCCAGCUGGCGGGUCCUCGUGAGGCCGGCGGUCCUCAGGCAGGAGCUGAUCCUGUUCGGGCUCUUCCUGGUCUCCAACUUCAGCGGCGUCGAGGUCAUCAAGGCCAACACCUCCAGGAUCUUGCAGUCGGCCGGCGUGUCUCUGGACAUGGAAGUGAGCACCAUCAUGGUGGCGGGCGUCCUGUUCUGCGGGAAUUUCUCCAUGAUGCUCCUUCUAGAUCGCGCGGGACGUCGGCGAUGUCUGAUGCUGUCCCUUUCCCUCCUGGUGGUUGGCUACUGCAUUUUGGGAGCUUUCGUUUUCCUCAGCACGCGGCCGACUGACUCCCUCGCGGCGCCGGAGCUCACUGUGGCAGUUGAAGCGAACGCCUCCGUGGCCUACUACACCGGGGCCGUGUCGACGCAGCGCACCACCUGGGACUGGGUUCCCUUGGCCUCCCUCAUGCUCGCUGCUUACGGCCAGGCCCUGGGCUCGGGACCAAUUCCCUGGAUCCUUUCUUCCGAGUAUUUUCCUACGUCCAUCCGAUCUCAGGCAAUGGGCCUCUGCACGCUGAUCGGCAGCCUGCAGUCCUUCGCGGCUCUGCAACUCUUCAGUCCUAUGCAGACGGUCCUAACUCCUGCAGGACUCUACUGGUUCUACGCCUGCGUUGGGGCCGUGGGGUUGCCCUACGCCUUCCUGUUCGUCCGGGAGACGAAGGGGAAGUCUGUAGGAUAAAGGAAUCUCUUGCGUCGCUCCUUCGGCCGAGUUAUGAUUGUGUUGCGCUUUAUGGUUGCUUGUGUUGUGAUUGUUUACUUGUUUACUUGGUGUUGCUGAACGAACGGGCGGCUUGAUGGUCAUUCGUGUCUGGAAGCAGGAAAAGUAUGAUUUCUUAAAUAUCUACCUUUAAACUAAACGAAUGUGAUAAUGCGUUUUAUAUUAUUUAUACUGUAAGACUUUUAUUUGGAAGUAAAAUAAAUAAAAAUGAA